AUGGAGGAUUCAGCAGCUCCAUGGCCCGAGCACUGUGACCCAUUAGUCUUUGACACCAAGACUUUGAACGAUGCUGGAUACUGUGGUUACUCGGCACCCUAUGAUGACCAACACAGAGACUCGGCAACUCAGGGCCACUGGCCGUAUGCUGGCACUCUUGAAAACCAGAACAGUCCGCAAGGUUUCUACCAAGCCAUCAAUGGGCUCUACAACCUCGACGUGCCACAAGCUGUCAGCUGGACUGUAGCUCCAUCCUCCCUCGAUGAUGGCUCUACGGGCGGACUAGUUCAACAAGCAAGCACUCUUGCGACUAGAGUCCCAUGGCCGGUCUACAACUGCUUCACACAACAAAACAAUAUUACUCAGCCGCAAGAGAAUCAACCCAUCAACCGAGUAAUCCCUCUUCACGGUCAACCUUUCGGCCACUAUGAGCGAACGAAUUCUUGGGAGACUGCUGAAGAGCGCGUUCCAACUACGGCGAACCUGCAAAUGCCAUCUCCGCCGAGAUCAACGACUCUAUCUUAUGGCUCUGCUAGCCCAGAGGAUAUAGUUUCGCCUCAGGAAUCUCUUUUGCUCCAGCGCGGUUUCCUGUCGACAGCCGAGGUUCCUCAGCCAACUUCGACUAAAUUGACUUCGCAUGUCGUCGUAACUCAUCAGAAAGUUGGAAAUCAUCCUCUGCCUAGUCCGCAAGACGAUGGUCGAGACGUUAGCCAACCUUCGCGGUCUCAGAAGCAAGCCAGAAAGCAGUGCCUAGACACCCCGACAAACGAGUCCAGCCCGCUUGAGCCAUCGAAACAACAAGGAACCACCCAUCGAUUCAAAUCCCUUGCUGAAGUUUCCUCGAAAUCCUCCCUCUACAAGAAGCCAGCGCAACCGUCGACGGAGAGGAGUGGCAAUGAGGGAAGUCGAGUGUUGGAAUUUGUCCCCCGGCCAAAGGACACCGAGUCAAGAGUCUCCAACCAAGCGCGAGAGCCAAAGUCAGGCAGUCGACGAAAGCGCGUAUUGACAGACGAGGACCGUCGUGCUGUGGCAGAUACUCGCAAGAUUGGUGCCUGUAUUCGAUGUCGUAUGCAACGUCUCAAGUGCGAAGUUGAUACGAAAAAUCGCGAUGGACCCUGCUUGACGUGUGCGAAAGUCGACUUGAGUUCUUCCAAAGUCAUUCACCGCCAGCCCUGCAUACGAACCAAACUUGCCGAUGUCGUCCUUUACAGUGUCAACUACGCCGGAGUCAACACGAAGCUGGGAGUUCCCGCUAAGAUAAUCGAUGUCGAGAGUUGGGACGACGAAGCUGAACAUGACAUCCAACUCGUUACACGAGGACUUUGUUCUGUACCGAUGAAUAUCCGAGUUCGCAAGUUCGACAAAAACCUUAUGCCAGCAGACCAAAUCAACUACUCCUGGAUGAACGAAGCGAAGGGCGAAGUUGAAGACACGAAACUCGAACCAUACGCUCUGGCCAACGUGAGUUUUUCGAGGGAGCAGCUAGAAAGAUACAUUGAAGUCAACGCGGUGAAGGGCUGGGAGGAGCAGGCAUACCGAGGCGAUACCGACCAGCUCAUUUCGAAGCACUACAAAGUGGCAUUGGAGUACUACAACAAGUGCGAUCAACAUCCCAUUGACCGACGUCUCCUGCUGAACUUGUUCAAAUUCUGUUUCGCCCAGCGGAUUAUGACACGCCCUUCAUGGAUUUACAACAAAGACUCAAAGAGUCAAAAUUGCUUAGGCAUGUCACCCGUCAAAGACGAAUUCCACCCUUUGAUCGAUAGAAUCCCGACCCCGCCAACGAUUACCUCGCAACUUCGUUCGAUGGCCCAACUACGACUGAUCAAGCACCACGAACAUAUCCUUGAAGACCUUGAGAAACUGUGCUGCAAAAAGAUUCGAACAUCCUUCUUCACGGUCUAUCUAGUGACGUUCAUUUUGCUCCACGAGCUUGCUGCAACAACGGAACACUACCGGCAAAGGCCCUUCCUCUGCCCUACGCAAGAGACAGAAAAUCAUCAAGAGUCUUACCGGCAAUAUCUCGAGGUUGCGAAAAAGAGCGCCAACAUACUUUUGCUUCAUUGGCAAUACUACCGACGCGCUCCCGAAUCCUACUGCGCUGCCGACGACUUUCUCGGAGACCAUAUUGCCCGAUGGUUUUGGACUGGUUUGGAAGACAGUCAUGAAGACUUCUGCAGGCAGACAUGGAGGGACAUGAGAAAAGUCGUGGACGAUGGCCAUUGUAGCAAUCACAUGUCUCCCGGGAAUCCCUUUUACUGGAUUUCCCAGAUGUUCGAUAGCGACUGGAGUCCGAAAAACAUAUGGGACCGCGUAGAUAAUAUCAUCGUCAAGCAGGAACCGUUGACUGAGCCGGCUUUCAAGCCUCGGAAAGCGACGAAACUGCGAUGA